CGACGAUUGCGGAAGUAAUCCACUAACACUAUGGAGCACUCGAGAGCAUAACUCAAAACCAAAACAGUAACAUUCGUGUCGUAUUAACUCUGAAAGGAAUCUGAAAUUAAUAAGUAUACCUCAUUUAACGUGUUCGGUCAGCUCUAUUGUGAUCGUGUCGUGGCUGUGAGGUGAUUUAAAGGAUAUUAAACAAAUUGUAGACUGAAAUGGAGGACCCUGGAGGCACAGUAGCUCAAUCUGUGGCUUCACCGCCAGCUAGUGCACCCAAGUCAAAGCUGGACACAUUGUCCAAAGAUGAUCUUAUUAAAUUUACCAAAAAGCAGAUGGCUGCUUUUCAAAAGAUGAAGAGCAGAUGUGCAGAUUUGGAGAAAGAAGUUGAAGGUCUCAAAGAACAUUCCAAACACAUUACCAACAUUUCAGACGACGCCACAUUAAUACAGGAGCUGACCGAGCGGAUGGAUGCAUUAUUACUGGAGAAGGCAGAAACCCAGCAAAGCCUUGUGUUGUCCCGUAAAGAAUUGGAGCACACCAAGCAACUUGCCAAGGAUGAUGUCACAGAACUUGGACAGGCCAUUGAAGACCACAAACGAACCAUUGACCUUCUGAAGUCCACUAUGGAGGAAUCCAACAGUAAACACCAAGAUGAGGUCGCAUAUUUCCAGAAAUUGCUCAAAGAGCGAGAAGACCGCGACAGGGAGGUAGACAGCGAAAGAGAGAAACAGAACCUAACUGAGGAACCCAGUGGGAAAUGUCAUGCAGAAGAGGACAAAUGCUCCCUGGAAGUUCAUCUUAAGACUCUUCAAGCGGAACUGGAAGAGAUCCAAGAAAAAAACGCCAAAGAGAUGGCUGAGCUACAAGAAAGUCACCAAAAUGUGCUGACUGAAGCCCAGCAGGAGAUCGAGAACCUGAAAGAGGAGUUGACUCAGAGGAGUCUGCAGCACGAGGAAGAGCUGAGGGCUUUGGAGGAGGACUGCGAGAUUGAGAGGGAGCGUCUUCUAUUGCUACAGGAAGAGCUGACUGAACAGCUGGCACUCAAAGAUAGCUACCUCCAGGAUGUCCAAGAGGAAGACGAAGAACCCGGUCGCAGUUCGGGGAUCGCCAAGAUGCUGGCGCUGUCGGCACGCAGUCAAGCUGACUCCAGCCAUGUUGACGGCGACGUAACCCAAGAUGGAAGACUGAAAGCGGCCCUGGAGGACCUUCAAGCUCACAACACAAUGUUGCAAGAUGAGCUCACCCUGCUCAGUAAUGUGAAAAGCGAGCUGGAGGCAGAGCUGGAGCGAGUCAAAGAUGAGUUCCAAAUGGAGCGAGAGGAGAUGGACUUCAAAAUGACUGAGCUGCUGAUGAAUCGGGAGAGUGAGCCAACAACGACAACCCUAAAUGUCAUGAAUGUCGAGUUGGAGACAAAUGUGACAGGUGAUUCCAAGGAGCCGGUCCAAGACCAAAACCCAAUGGAACAAGAUGAGCAAGAGAAGCUCAGGGCCCAAUGUGAGGCCUUGACCCGAGAGAGGAACUCUGCUCUGGCUGAUUUCAACCACAUAAAGGACAUACUGCAAAACCUGGAAACAGAACUAGGUCAGAAAACAAACGAUUUUGUUCUCCAGUACAACGCCAUGAAGGAACAAGGUGCUCACCUCCAAUACCAGACUGAGCAACUCGGCCAAGAGAAGGAAGAAUUGUCAGUAAAAGUCAGAGAGAUUACAGAGGAGAGAAAUAUUCUGAUGCAGACCGUGGAAGACCUUAAACUCCAACUUGAGAGUCACAAUGCUGAUGGGCAAAAGCUCCAGAUAGACUUAGUGCAGGAGCUCAAUGAGUCUGUGGAAAUGCUAACCAGGCAGAAUGAAGAGAUCCUCUCUCAGCUGCAAAUAAAAGAAAACAUGACCGAAGACCUAAAUGAGAUAAUGAACACGCUGACUGAAGAGCGAGACAGAACGCAAUCCCUGCUGCUACUCCGAGAAGAAACCAUACAGGAUCUUAAAAAUGAAAAGGACAAAGACAUUGAGAGCCUGCUGGAGGAGAAGCAGGCAGCGCAACUCCUGAAAGAUGAGACGGAAAGGGAGUUGAAAAUGUUGAAAAUUGAGAAGGUGAAUGAAAUGCAGCUUUUAAAGGAAGAGAGGGACAAGAUGGAGGCAAGUCUGAAAGAGGAAGUGAGCAGAUUGCAGAAGGCUAUAUCCUCUUCAGAGAUGACUCUUAAAGACAUCUCGUCAGAAAAUGCUUGCCUCCACCAAAAACUGGAAGGGACUUUAAGUACACUUUCCCAAACCCAGAAUGAGCAAGAACUUAUGAGCUCCAAGUUAGUUACAUUAGAAGCUCAACUUGAGCAGAAAAGUCAUCUUGAAGCAACUGGAAAUUCCCUGGCAGAAGAAGCAGCACUUGAGGCUCAGCUUGAAGCCCUAAAAAACACAAAGGAAGAAAUUGCAGAGCUCCAAAUGCGCUUAGAAGAGCUAGAAAAAGAGAGAAACCUGUUGAGGAGCAGUCUUGAAGAGGCUCGAGAAGAAAGACGUUCCGAAGUCACGCUAAACGAUCUGCGGGCUCUGCAUCUGGAGAGGGACACGCUGAGAGCCGACCUGGAGGAGACGACGAGGGACGCUGAAGGGCUGCUGAAGGAUCUACACGAUAUGAAGUCACUCAAUGAGAAAAUGCAUGCUGAGAAUCAAACGUUACAAGAACAAAUAAAUCUCAUGUCCCAAGAGAAGGAAGAAAAGGUUCAGACCGACGUUGACGUUAUGGAGAGAGAACGGACAGAAUUGAAAGAACAACUGGUGGACAAGGACUCCGAAAUAUCACAGUUGAGAGCCGAGUUGGCUGCUCUGCAGGAUUCGGCCGUCAAAUCUGCUGCAGAAGAAAACAAAUCCACGGAUUUUACACAGAAAAUAGCUGCAUUGGAGAAGCACAACAAAGAGAAGGAGGAGAUGGCGAGCAAACUCAAGGCAGUGGCUGUCAAAGCAAGGAAGGAGCUGGACACCACUAAAAAAGAGGUUGCAACCCUCAAAGAGGAAAUAGCAUCUCUCAAGGCAGAGCGAGAGAAAAUGAACAUUUCAAUGAAGGACAUCAUCCAUGGUGCUGAAGGCUACAAGAACCUGCAGAUCGAUUACGACAAGCGGACGGAGCAACUGGAUAAAGAGAGAGAGAAGGUCCAGGCAGCAGAGAAACAGAUCACCGACCUGGGCAAACACCUCAACAGUGCUGUCACACAGGUCAACCUGAUUCGUAGCGAGAAGGAGGACCUUUUGGCUGCUUUGGAGACGUCCAGGAACACGGUCAAGCAGAUUGAAGCUCAGAUCCAAGAGCUGCAAAAGCACUCAGCCACUUUAGAGCGAGAUCUCGUGGCAGAGAAGGCGAUGAGAGAACAAAAGAGCAAGGAGCUGUCAAGAGCCACGAAGGAUGUGGAUGAGCUGAAAGCUCAGCUCAGCAAACAACAGCAGCAGUGCCAGCACGCCGCCCAGGAACUGGAGCAGCUACGCAAGGAGGCGCAGCAGAACUCUCUGUUAGACAUGGAGAUGGCCGACUACGAACGUCUGGUGAAAGAACUCAACGCCAAACUCUCUGAAAACGACGAAGCGUCUGAGGAGUUCAAAGCUCAAAUAAUCAAACUGAGCGAGAAGGAGGAAAUGCUGAAACAAGAAAUUGAAACUUUAAAAUCCCAGCUGGAGCAAGGGGAAGAGAAAAGCUCCAAAAUCAAACAGUUGCUGGUGAAAUCUAAAAAAGAGCUGGCCGAUGCCAAGAAGCAGGAAAACUCACUUGCACUGUUGCAAGCCUCAUUAAGAGGAGAACUAGAGGCUAACCAGCAACAGUUAGAAAGCACCAAAAUUGAGGUGUGUGACCUCACCGCUGAGCGGCAUCGCCUGCAGGACCAGCUCAGGUCUGCUUUGGAGCAACAACAAAGGACCAGCAGUUCCCUGCAGCAGCAAAUCAACAGUCUGCAGCAGGAGAGAGACAUUGCUAAGGCUGAACUUGUGGCAACCACUGAGGACUUUGAGAGUUAUAAGGUUCGGGUACACAAUGUACUAAAACAGCAAAGGAGCAAGCUCAGUGGGCAGGGGGAAAGUGACGCCAGCAGGCUAGAAAGAGAGCAGUUGUUGACUCAGGUGGACCAGCUGAGAUCCAGACUGGAAGAGAGUCAGCAGAGUCUCCAAAGCAGCACAGUAGAGCUGCAGCAGCUCCAGACUGAGCACGACACGCUUUUAGAGCGCCAUAAUAAAAUCCUGCAGGAAAAUGUUAGCAAGGAGGCUGACCUCCGAGAGAGACUGCUGUCGGUGCAGUCCGAGAACGUUGAUCUGCGGUCAGAGUUGGCUCAGGCUCAAGCUGACUCAUCUUCCCAGAUAGAGGCCCAGCGACAGACGCACAGGGAGCAGCUGAGGAAGCUGCAGGACGAGCACCGUGCCACAGUCGAGACGCUGCGAGGUCAGCUGACCCGCGUCGAGGAGCAGCUCUUCAACCUGCAGAGUCAGAAUAACACCGUAUUGGUCCACUCCAGCCGGAAGUCCCUUGAUGCUCAGCGCAGAACUACAGACCAGAAUCAGGCAGGGGUGGGACCAGUUUCCACGGGUGACCUCCAGUCUAUGGCCAGGGAGGAGUGUGAAGGCAUGGAGACCACCGAGAAUGAAAGCACCUCCCCUGCAUCUCUGGAGCACCUUCUCAUGUCACCGGACCCCAAGCAAGAGCCCUUCGUGUGGACUGUCGAGCCCACCAAAGACGAGCUGAGCCACAAGCUGAGCACGGUCACACGCAGUCUGGAGCACAUGAACAGCCUCUUGCAUGAAACUGAGGCUACCAACGCUGUUCUCAUGGAGCAGAUCAACCUCCUGAAGAGUGAAGUGCGUCGGUUGGAGCGUAACCAGGAACGGGAAAAGAGUGUAGCCAACCUGGAGUAUCUAAAGAACGUUUUGCUGCAGUUCAUCUUCCUGCGGUCAGGCAGCGAGAGGCAGGCUCUGCUUCCUGUCAUUCACACCAUGUUACAGCUCAGCCCAGAUGAGAAAAGCAAACUAGCUGCCAUUGCACAAGGCGAGGAGGAGGCGUCGGGGACUCGAGGCUCAGGCUGGGGAUCUUAUCUCCACAGUUGGUCUGGAAUCAGAUAGACCAACAUCAGAGGUCUGGAAACGUGGACGUAUGACUUUGAAGUAACAAUAAUUUGAAGGGCAAAAUAGGAAACAGGAAUGUAUCCUGACAAACGUAUUACAUAUCAUAAAAAACUAAAUGUAUUGGGUUUUUUUUUUUUUCAUUAUCAGACUUAAUGGUCUAACAAACAAGUUGAUAAUACAGUGUGUUUCUUAUACUGUGACAAUAAUACAGAUUAUAUGGUGCAGUAUUCAUUCAUUCCUAAUGCAGCUAAACCUUUCCAGGAGGUGAAGCUCCCAAGACAUUAUAAAAAAACUGAACUUUGAUAGUAAUUAGGCAAUUUUAUUUUUCAACCCUUAGCUUGAGAGUUUGUUUUUAAUUUGUUGGUUUUUUUUUGUUUUUUUUUACUCUGGUAAUUCAAUCAUCAAUGAGCCAAUUCAUUCAUCAUUCCCAAUAUAAUCUGUGUAUUUGGACCACCCCAUUGUACCUUAUAAAAUUAUAUUUUUUCAUCCACUUAACAUUUCUUUCAUUCCAUAUAUGUCUUAUGAGUGUUCUACAUUUGGUGUUUUAGUGGUCGUAAUCAAGAUUAGAUUUUGAGUCUUUAAAUCAACUAGGAAUGAACCGCCCCUUGACUAAUAUGACUGACAGAAAGUGUUUGAUAAGUGAUUGUGAAGGUGUUACUUUUGCUUUGAAUUCUGCUAAUGAACAUCAAAGUUUGACCUAUUAAGAUGUGAUUUAUUGUUUCCUGUUUUUUGGCCUCGAAUUAUAUGGAUGUUGCGUUUUAUUGUGUCAAUCGUCAUCAACAAUUUAAUCAAAUUUAUGCAAAACGGGUUUAUCGGAAUCAUUUUAUUUCUCAUCUCAUUGGCAGCUCAUUGUGAUUCCUUCCUUAUAAAUGAAUGUAUUUUUUUAUUGAGAGUAUUUAUUGUUUAUAUGGUUAGCAUCAUCCGAACCUUGCCAGUUCAAGUAAUUAUAAAUGAGAGUCUGUAUAGAAGGGAUUCGGCACUGCAGGUUGGUCAAUUUAGUGUCAAUUCUCCUUGCCUCCGUGCUUUGAAUAGUAAAUACCAUAAAAUUAACUUCUGUAAUAUUGAUGCAAUAAACAUUCAACUAAGAGCUUC